UUUCAUGAGUAAUUCGGUCACGUGAUGUUUAUUUGCAUCGAUUUGUACGUUAAGGUUUUUUAAAGAACUCUUUUAAUGUAACUACCCCAAUAAGAUGGAUUUUAGCUUAAAACUGUUAAUAUUAAUCACCGCCCUUAUUUUAAUAUUUACCACACAGUUAAGUAGGACCAUUAAAUGUUGGGAUUGCAGAAGCGAUAUCGACCCGAGGUGUGCGGAUCCCUUCGAUAACCGUACGUUUUCGAUGACGUUCUGUCCAAGCGUCGAGUCGCAGUUCUUCGUCGGCAUGGAGGCGACACUGUGCCGAAAGAUCAGGCAGAAAGUGCACGGUGUCUGGAAGUACUUUCGGAGCUGCGCCUUUUUGGGAGAGCCCGGUAUUGCCGGCGACGAGAGGUUUUGCUUGAUGAGAACCGGGACUUAUAAUAUUUUCAUGGAGUAUUGCACUUGUAAUAGUAAAGAUGGUUGCAAUUCGUCCAGUAGGUUGAAGAUGUCCUCUUUGUUAAUUGUCUUGGUUCUCCCCAUUAUUUUACUCAAUUAAUGGGGCCUGGUGGUGUUUUAAAUAUGUACAAAUCUUUGAAGAAGCCGGUAACAAGUGUCUAAUUAAGACUGCAACUGUUUUAAACAAGAAGCAAUUAGUAUUAUGUACCUAGGCUUAAGAUAGAAUCUCUAUUGAUGUUAAUUGAGUCCGUCCUUUUUCUACUUUACAAUUUUUAAUAAAGAAAUUUUACAUGCUGUC